GAAACUGAAACAGCGCGGUUUGUAAUGUGUUCGGUACAACGUGCAUAAUGCCGUCUCUGUACAAACCCCCUGAUUUACCUAGGAUUGUAGAGAACAUAAAAUUUCAGCUGUGCAAUGAAGGUGACUUAAAAAGAUUAAGUCACGUUCAGGUUCUAAAGUGUCUUCUCUAUGCGGAAGGGCAAAGCAAUAGACGAGCCUUAGAUUACGGUCUUUUAGAUCCAAGACUUGGUGCAAAUAAGAGAGAUGAGCUGUGCGCUACUUGUGGCUUGGACUAUCAAACAUGUAUUGGUCAUUGGGGGUACUUCGAUUUACCGACGCCAAUUUAUCAUGUGGGAUAUACUUGGCAUAUAGUAAAAAUACUACAGACUAUCUGCAAAACUUGCUCGCGUGUUCUCCUCUCUGAGCAACAACGUGCCAGGUUUUUGAUUAGUUGUUCUAACUCAAGUUUGGACUACGUACAUAAAAAACAACUCAGAAAGGCGAUACACAAAUUGUCUAGCAGGAUACAUGUCUGCCCGUUCUGCUCAGCGCUUAAUGGUGUUGUUACGAAAGGUACGAGUCUUUCGUACGUCGUUCAUGAUAUAUUUCGACAUGCAAAAGCAAAAGUCGAUGAUUAUGUAAAUGAUUUCGCAAAAGUAAUCACAGAAAAUACGGAGUUAGCGCCAGUUGUUCGUAAAGGUUUGGAGAUUAUACGACCCGGAAAGGCUCUGCAAUUGUUUUCUAAAAUUCCAGAAGAAGAUUUGCCAUUACUUCUCAUGCCUUCUGAUUCUCAAUGGAUGACUCACCCACGAAACUUAAUUGUUCAGAGAGUGCCUGUCUGCCCAAGUGCUAUCAGACCAUCAGUUGUUUCCGAAGUCCGUAGUGGAACUAAUGAAGAUGAUCUUACUCAAAUGUAUCAAUGGAUAUUAGCUCAGGCAGCAACAAUUGAAGAAGAUAUCGGGGAGGCGGAUCAAAUCGCGUGCCUAGAUAACUUACACGCUGAAUUUGCACGGCUAAUUAAUUCACAACAAUCAGGUUUGCCUCCUGUUCAAGAUCAUAAGUUUAUGCGUGGUUUACUUCAAAGGCUAGCUGGUAAACAUGGUCGAUUUCGUGGUAGCCUAUUGGGUAAACGAACGAAUUUUACCGCCAGAACUGUUAUUUCACCAGAUCCAAAUAUGCGAAUUGAUGAGGUAUGUAUUCCAGUUCACUGUGCAAAAUUGCUAACAUAUCCUGAACGUGUGACUGAUUUCAAUCUGAAUUUUCUCCGAUCUCUUGUACUAAAUGGACCAAAUAACUAUCCUGGAGCUAUGUUUGUUAGUUAUAAACUACGUGGUGAGAGGAAACGUCAAGCCGAAGCAUCUGGUACUUCUGAUGUAGUAAAACGUUUCUUGGCAUCUGAACGUGCACGUGAAGAUGUGGCAAAAUAUUUACAAUCAGGUGAUAUAGUUGAAAGACACUUAUUGGAUGAUGAUAUUGUACUAUUUAACCGUCAACCCUCACUACAUCGUGUAUCUAUUCAAGCAUUCAGAGCGGUUGUAAAACCUUUUCGAACUUUUCGCUUCAAUCCAUGCUGUUGUACACCAUUCAAUGCAGAUUUCGAUGGGGAUGAAAUGAAUAUACAUCUUCCACAAACUGAAGCAGCUCGUGCAGAAGCAAAACAUCUUAUGCUGUCUCUCAAGAAUAUUGUUAGCCCUAAAAAUGGUGAACCAUUAAUUUCACCAAUUCAAGACCUAAUCACUGCAACACAUUUGUUGACCUUGAAAGACGUUUUCCUUAAUCGUGAUCAGGCUUGUACUUUAGCCUCUCAACUAUUAGCUGGUAACCAUUUGGGUCGACUUUUAAGUUUACCGAAACCGGCUAUAUUAUGGCCUAUUGCUCUAUGGACUGGUAAACAGAUAUUUGGUCUCAUUCUUUCACCGCAUCCAUCCACUGGAAUUAAGGUUAACCUUCGGGUACCAACAAAGUCUAUGUAUUCAUCGAAAGGUUCAGAAAUGUGUCCAAAUGAUGGUUUUGUUCUAAUUCAAAAUAGUGAGCUCCUUGCGGGAUGUGUAGAUAAAAAGUUACUUGGGGGUGGAAGCAAGUCAAGUAUAUUCUACACAUUACUUCGAGAUUAUGGUAGAGAAGCUUGUGCGGACGCUAUGUGGCGUUUAGGAAGAAUUGCUUUGUUUUUCUUGGCACAUCGAGGUUUUUCGAUCGGACUUGGUGAAGUAAUGCCCAGCUCAGAUCUUGUUGCAUCUAAAACAGCAGUGAUUAGUCGUGGAUUUGCCACCUGUGAUGAUUAUAUCAAUCAAUAUCAGAUGAAUACACUAGUCUGUAAUCCAGGAUGUAGUAUGGAGGAUACGCUUGAAUCUAAUAUAAGUCAAGAGUUGUCGAAAAUUCGUGACGAAGCGGGAGCAGCUUGUAAACGUCAGCUUCACCCAUCGAACUCACCACUGGUCAUGGCUCAGUCAGGGUCAAAAGGUUCAUUUCUCAACAUAUCUCAAAUGAUUGCUUGUGUUGGCCAACAAGUAAUUGGUGGAAAACGUGUUCCAGAUGUCAUUAAUGGACGCAGUCUAGUUCAUUUCCCUCCAGGUUCACGAACACCUGAAGCAAAAGGUUUUGUUGGAAAUAGCUUUUAUUCAGGUCUUUCACCAUCUGAAUUCUUUUUCCAUGCUAUGAGUGGUCGUGAAGGAUUGACGGAUACUGCUGUAAAAACUGCAGAUACAGGUUAUAUGCAACGAAGACUAGUCAAGUUUCUUGAAGAUUUAGCUGUGGCUUACGAUGAUACUGUACGUGAUAGUCGGGGCGAUAUAAUUCAAUUCCGUUACGGUUCCGAUGGCCUGGAUCCUUUAGAAAUGGAGACAGAUACAUUUCCUGUGAAUUUUAUCAAAGAAAUGGAACAUAUAAGAACUAGUUAUGAUUGCCCUCAUGAAGUUGGAAUGUCUGCUGAAGAGUUAGAACUAGCAGUAGAGGUUGUCUUUCAACUUGAUGCAUUUCGACAUUUAGAUAGUCGCUUAUGUUCAGCAAUCAAAGAAUUUAUACACCAUUCAGUUUGUCCGAAAAUUCGUAAAUGGCAAGAAUGGUGUACAGAAAAUGCAAAUGGGUCAAAUUUAAUCAAUCAAAAUGAACGUCUGACUAGAACACAACUACGUAUAUUUUUGACACAUGUUAAAGAGAAAUAUGAGAAAGCUUUAAUUGAACCAGGUACUGCUGUUGGUGCAUUAUGUGGUCAAUCUGUUGGUGAACCAGCUACGCAGAUGACAUUAAAAACAUUUCACUUUGCUGGUGUAGCCAGUAUGAAUAUUACACAAGGUGUCCCACGUAUGCGUGAAAUUGUUAAUGCAGCAGCCAAAAUUAAAACACCAUUAAUUUGUGUUACUUUAACUGAUCCAUUCUCAGCAUCACUAGCGCGUCAAGUUAAAUUGUCUAUUGAACCAACACGACUAGCAGAUAUAUCAUUAUCAUUAAGUCAGUGUUUAACACCAGAAUAUGUAUAUGUUGCUAUUAAAUUAGAUAAAAAAAGAAUGGAUAGACGUGGGAUUACAACACCUCAAGUCGCUACAGCUAUUCAAACAACUAAGUUAAAGAAGACCAAAAUAUCGCGUGUAACCUAUGCAAAAGAUUAUAUAUUCGUAUAUCCAGUGGAUUUGAAUGCAUUGGAAACAGUUGUCAAAUUAGUUGAAGAUGUUAUUGUUAAAGGCAUACCUGGCGUAUCUCGUGUUGUAAUUCAACAGGAUAAAGGUGAACAUAGAAUUUUUGUUGAAGGAGCUCGAUUACGUGAGGUAAUGUGUAUACCAGGCGUCGUAGCUGAACGUACACAAAGUAAUAAUAUUUUAGAAGUGGAACAAGUGUUGGGUGUGGAAGCAGCUCGACGUGUUGUUAUUGAUGAAUUACUAGCCGUUAUGGAAGGUCACGGUGUCGAAGUUAAUGUACGUCAUGUAAUGCUGUUAGCUGAUGUUAUGACUAAUAGGGGUGAAGUAUGCGGUUAUCAGCGAACUGGAAUGGCGAAAGCGAAAAAUAGUGUACUUUGUUUAGCUUCUUUUGAACGAACUGGUGAUCAUUUGUUUGAAGCUGCCUAUCAUUGUCAAGAUGAUCAAUUGACUGGUGGGUGUUAUAUUUAAAUACAUUUAUUUUUUAUGAUUUAAUUGCUUUCAUUCAUGUUUUGAUAGUUUAGAAAAUCCUCUUUAUUUAGUUGAGAGUGUUUCGGAGGUUAAUUUAGUAUUAAAACACUGAUUGGAAUGUUGAACCUAAGACCCAUUAACCCUGUAAAUGUGUCUCUGCCAAGUUAUUAGUUUGUAUUCAGCAGAGCAAGUAAAUUGAUUUUUAUAAAUAAUACAACUCGUUUAUGAAGUUCGUGCUUAUAUACUUAGUUUUUUGCCACACUACUUAUAUGAAGGGUGAUGAUACUACACGCUUCGUAGAGAACCGAAGUGGAUGGAGUGGGCUUCCAAUCCAUGAUUUGUCUGUUAGCGUAGCAAAAAUUAUAACCUUUUGGUCACAUUUCAUUCAUCCAUUCAUUAACUGCUCCUUUAUUAUUUCGAAUUUACUAAUUCAAUUUAUGAUUUCAUAUUUUCUUUGUUAUUUAUUUUAUUUAACUUUUGGUUUGUUUUUCAAAUUGUCUAGGUGUUACGGAAAACAUCAUUCUAGGGAAUCCAACUAGAGUUGGAACUGGAACAUUCGAUCUGCUAAGUGAUAGAUAUCCUUUAUUGCUUAAAAAAAUAUUUGGGAUUUUGUUUGAAUUGAAAUAUUAAGGUCUUUUAAAAUUUAUUAGCAAGUGAAUAAUUUUUUUCAGUAUGCAACUUAAGAACUACCUAGAAGUUCAUAUACUCCACUUUAAACUACAAUUUUUCUGAGAAUAUAAUGAUACAAAUCUAAAUAAAUGUGGUACGGUGUUUCAACCUGUAAUCAAAUCGUUAAAAUUACGGUUUUUCUAUUAACUUUAAAUUAUCAUCGCUUCACACUCGGUUAAAACCAUUCACAAGGUUCCUGUAAAAUUACCAUAAAAGUGUAGUGUUGAUGACUACUGAAUAAAGGAAUUCGCAUCUCAUAUCUGAUAUAUUGAACCGUGUUAUUGGAAGUAUCUAUUAUUAGUUCUAGAAAAUUCAACGUUUCAACCGUUUGUUAAACUUAGUAGUCCUUGUUUGAUACAUUUUGAAUGAGUCAGUGUAGUUUAAGCAUAACGUCAAUGUCUAAUCUCACUUUGCAGGCUCAUGUAAUAUUGAAAUUAAAGUAUAUUCCAAUCGCUCUGGAAUUACUAAACUAUUCUGUUAUCUGUUGCUUACCGAACAGCUUGUAUUAUACUUGUGUUGGAUCUACAAGACAGAACAUCUAUUCUACUCGCGUAUCCAGCAUUCAUUUAAUUAGAUGAAUAAUUAAAAAGUGUCAGGUUAUGCUAAAAAUGUAAUUCAUAUCACUGGUGUUUUUUUGGAUCACAUUUAUUGUUUUAAAUUAUAAAAUGAUAGAGAGAGUAAAGUUCUGUGCGUGUUAAAUGUUAUAGAACUUGCCUCAUCGGUCUAAACUCUUAACUUUCAGCUAGUUAUUUAUAGUGUUUAGCUCUAUCCUAUCUCCUAUCAAUAUGUUAACAGUCAUUAAUUUUACAAUUAAGCAUAAUACAAUAUGAAUAUAUUUAUAUCCCAGAUUUUUGUAUUAUUCUAAUGGUUGUUAACGUUGUAUAUUCGAACAUAAACAGAUUGAUUGUAUAGCCUUCAGUUAAUCUUUCUUUCUUUGUUGAACAAAUGAAAGGAUCACUUACAUUUUAUUUAUCGAUCAACAGAGAAAACUUUAUACUCGUUUCUUUGGACAGAAAUCUUAAUAAUUCUGACAUUUAGGUGAAGAUUUUCUAGUAGACAUAUAUACGUCUUUUCAAUGCUUAAUCCAUAAACUAAUCUUAAUUAAGCCUUCAUUGAAAAUUGAAAGUGAUGGUUGACCGUUUCGCCCUAGCAUAAAACCCCUCUGUCUCUGCUUGCGAUAGUCGGACCUAUAACUUUCGGUUUUGCAUGUGAACGUCUAACCUCUAGAUUACCGUGUCGGCAACCAAUGUUAUACAUGCCUAACUUUAAUCAAUUUACGAUAUCACGUAACCCCCAUCCAUUGAUUGUGAUGAAUUACUGUUUCAUAUCCAACAUGGUUAAACUCUACUAGUUACAACUUCUCGUCAGAACUUCAGGACUUUAAUCUAAUCACUAGUGAACAGAUAAUCAUUAUUAGUACAAUAGGGUUUGUAGGAUUUUCAUAGUUUAAAUUAUAAACUGAUCUUAGUCUUGUCACUGUGGUAACUAUCAGUAAAAUCUAAAAAAAAACACAUAAUAAUUUGUCAUUUAUCUCUGUUACUAAUUUUCUAGAUACGUUUUAAAAAUAAAAAUCGUUGAUUGUUAUAACCUUAAUUAGAUUUUGUUUUUAAACUAUUAUCUACAUGGGAGAAAAAUUUACAACUUGACAUUAAACCAACAUUGUUGAAUUUUUAAAAUUAACAAAUUCUACUGUGUUUUUUUUUAACAUCGUCGUCAUGUUACAUUUCUAUGUGUAUGUGUACAUAAAAAUGACUUGACUUAUUUCAUUGUACAAAUUUACAUUUCUUAAUCAUCUAUUUAUAUUUUCGUUAUUACUAUGAUAAAGUGUAAAAGAAAAUUAGUUCUCUCUUUCUCUUUACAAUUUUCAUUGAGAUGCAUCUAUUGUCAAUUUCAUUUGUUUUAGAGAAUCAUUAAAUGAAAAUAAACUAUGCUUCUAUUUAUAUUGUAUCAUUUGUUUUAUUUAUAUUAAAUAGCUAUUGAAGCAAUUAAACAGUUAUGUUAUAUCGCUUAUUUUAGCUAAAUGAAUUCUAUCCAUUAAUUCUUCACUGUAACUAACAAACUGAAGUAUUUUGAUAUACUGUCACAUUUUAUUAAAAAGUAUUUAUUACUAGUUUAAUUUAAGAGAUUUAUGAUUGUAAAUUUUACUGUUUACAUAGUUGUAUCAAGUUACUAUAUUGGCUUAGAAUGGGAGAAUGUAACAAUAAUUUGGAAAAUAAACCAAUUUAACACCUAAAAUUACAGGGAUACU